GACGCAGCCCAGGCAGUCCUCUGCCUCUCUAAUGGUGACUCCAGUGUUCCUGAGUAGGAUCAGAGGUCUCAGCUCCACCUGGAAGACUGGAUCUCCAGGAGAGUUUUCAGGACAUUAUCAAGGCACUCAUUUUUGGAUGCUUCAGGAGCCGAGUGCUGAGCAGUGUCAGAGGCUAUGUUUCCUGUUGAUUUAUGUGCUGUCACAGAAUUAAUUGAGUCUGGACACGGGGUCUCAUUUUCUUGGACAUGUAGCAGUGGCUGCUUCCAGGUGAUAAUGGCUGUGUGAGUGUUCACCAUGGCCCACCGAAAGCGCCAGAGCACUUCGAGCAGUAUGCUGGACCACAGGACCAGGCCAGGUCUUAUCCCCCAUGACCAGGAGCCUGAUAGCGAGGACACAGAGCUGCCUUUGGAGAGCUAUGUACCCACAGGCCUGGAGCUGGCAGCUCUGCGGCCAGAGAGCCCCACGCCUGAGGAACAGGAGUGCCACAACCAUAGCCCUGAUGGGGACUCCAGCUCUGAUUAUGUGAACAACACAUCAGAGGAGGAGGACUAUGAUGAAGGCCUCCCAGAGGAGGAGGAGGGUGUCACCUACUACAUCCGGUAUUGUCCUGAGGAUGACAGCUACCUGGAGGGCAUGGACUGUAAUGGGGAGGAGUACAUAGCCCAUGGUGCACAUCCUGUGGACACCGAUGAGUGUCAGGAAGCAGUGGAGGAGUGGACAGACUCAGUGGGCCCUCAUACUCAUAGCCACGGGGCUGAAAACAGUCAGGAAUACCAAGACAGCCACCUGCCUAUUCCAGAGGAUGACCCUUCUGCCUUGGAGGUCCACAACCAGGAAGAAGAUGGUCACUACUGUCCCAGAAAAGAGAACUACCAGGACUAUUACCCCACAGAGGCCAAUGGGAACACAGGUGGCGCUUCCCCUUAUCGCAUGAGGCGUGGGGAUGGGGACCUGGAGGAUCAAGAGGAAGACAUUGACCAGAUAGUGGCUGAGAUCAAGAUGAGCCUGAGCAUGACCAGUAUCACCAGUGCCAGUGAAGCUAGCCCUGAGCAUAUGCCUGAGCUGGAUCCUGGGGAUUCCACAGAGGGCUGUCCACCCAGCGAAACUGGCCAUGGGCCCAGUAGGCAUGAGGCAAGGCCCAAGUCUCUGAAACUUCCCCCUGAGGCUAAACACCCUGGAGACCCCCAGAGAGGACUCAAGACCAAGACCAGAACCCCAGAGGACAGGCCAAAGUGGCCCCAAGAGCAGGUUUGCAAUGGCUUGGAGCAACCAAGGAAGCAGCAGCGCUCUGAUCUCAAUGGACCCACUGACAAUAACAACAUCCCAGAGACAAAGAAGGUGGCAUCAUUUCCAAGCUUUGUGGCUGUUCCAGGGCCCUGUGAGCCAGAAGACCUCAUCGAUGGGAUCAUCUUUGCAGCCAACUACCUGGGCUCCACCCAGCUGCUCUCUGAGCGCAACCCCUCCAAAAACAUCCGAAUGAUGCAGGCUCAGGAGGCUGUCAGCAGGGUCAAGAGGAUGCAGAAGGCUGCUAAGAUCAAGAAAAAAGCGAAUUCUGAGGGUGAUACCCAGACACUGACAGAAGUAGACCUCUUCAUCUCUACCCAGAGGAUCAAAGUGUUAAACGCUGACACACAGGAGACCAUGAUGGACCAUGCCUUGCGCACCAUCUCCUACAUUGCAGACAUUGGGAACAUCGUGGUUCUGAUGGCCAGGCGCCGCAUGCCCCGGUCAGCCUCUCAGGACUGCAUUGAGACCACACCUGGGGCCCAGGAGGGGAAGAAGCAGUACAAGAUGAUCUGUCACGUGUUUGAGUCAGAGGAUGCCCAGCUGAUAGCCCAGUCUAUUGGGCAGGCCUUCAGUGUGGCCUACCAGGAGUUCCUGAGGGCCAAUGGCAUCAACCCUGAAGACCUGAGCCAGAAGGAAUAUAGCGACAUCAUCAAUACCCAGGAGAUGUAUAAUGAUGAUCUCAUCCACUUCUCAAACUCAGAGAACUGCAAGGAGCUGCAGCUGGAGAAGCACAAGGGUGAGAUUUUGGGAGUGGUGGUUGUGGAAUCAGGCUGGGGCUCCAUCCUGCCCACUGUGAUCCUGGCAAAUAUGAUGAAUGGUGGCCCUGCAGCUCGCUCCGGGAAGCUGAGCAUUGGUGACCAGAUCAUGUCCAUCAAUGGCACCAGCCUGGUGGGGCUGCCGCUUGCUACCUGCCAGGGCAUUAUCAAGGGCCUGAAGAACCAAACACAGGUAAAGCUCAACAUUGUCAGCUGUCCCCCAGUCACGACAGUCCUCAUCAAGCGUCCAGACCUCAAGUAUCAGCUGGGCUUCAGCGUGCAGAAUGGAAUUAUCUGCAGCCUCAUGAGAGGGGGUAUUGCAGAGCGAGGUGGUGUCCGCGUCGGCCACCGAAUCAUCGAGAUCAACGGACAGAGUGUGGUAGCCACAGCCCAUGAGAAGAUAGUCCAGGCUCUGUCUAACUCAGUGGGAGAGAUCCACAUGAAGACCAUGCCUGCGGCCAUGUUCAGACUCCUUACAGGCCAGGAGACCCCACUGUACAUAUAGGUACACCAGCCUCGCCGUGGAGCAGGGACCCCAGGCAGACCCACCUGGGCCCAGAGGAGCCAGAAGCCAGGACAGAGCCCUGACCCCUGACCCCUGACCCCAACCAGAACUCUGGAUCCCCUGAAGGGUUUGUCCUCAUCACCUAGUUUUCUUGUUUGACUUUUGGUUUGGUUUUGGGUUUUGCCACAAAAAAACAAAAAAGAAAAGAAAAAAAGGAUGCCCUCACCAAGGGAGAGUCGAGGGAUAAUCCUUUGUAAAACUUAACCAAUCCUCUGCCACGUUCUCAUUGCCGCUGAUGAAGGGUGCUCAUGGGUAGUUCUUUGUGUGGUGUGCUGUGUCUUUCCUCCCUGAGGCUAUGGAAUGUGAAUGUGGUGGCUGCCCAUGCAGGGCUGUGAAGGGCACCCUCUGGGAUGCAACUGCAGCCAUCUCUACCCUUUGUCUGGGACACCUUGGGUCCAGCUGAGUCCUAAAGGCCCCACAGCUGCUGGCAUUACCUCCCUCUGCACAAGAGCAGGGGCAACCUGGCUCCCAGGAUGAGGCUUGGGCCAAGUGUGGGAACCUGUGAUUGUAAGUAUUUACUCAGCAAGGGGGUACUCCCGAGUUAAAUAAAAAGCGAUGGUCACCAUGUCAAAACUCCAUAUUUAUUUAGCA